GGGCUUCUGUGCGUCGACGUCAGCGUGUUGACGUCACGGGCCCGGUACAAGAGGAGGUCCGGGGGCUGCUGGCUGCGGGCGGUGGGCUGCGCGUCGCCUGCUGGGCUUGGUCCCCCGUCCCCGCCCCGCCAAGCCCCGCCCCUCCGCCCGCUAGGGCUUCCGCGGGCUCAACCGCGGAACCGCUGUCCCCGGGCCAGCCUGGGGCUGCCGGCCCGAAACCACCCGAUGAGUGGUAAGAUGUAGCCGUAACAUGCCAGCCAUCUGACUCAGCCAGUGCUGGUGACAUAACUGGCUACCAAGGUGUCAAUCCCUGCAGAGGUACUGAGCUAACAGCAUGAACUACCCAACAAGACUGGCUACUCCGUGGCAUGCUGCCAUUUUGCCAACCUGUGAUCUAUGGAAGAACAAAUAUACGUUGUCAAGUCCUUGACAGUCUCCAGCUGACUCAUCUUCCCCCGGACCUGGCACCACCCAGGGGCAUGGUUAUUGUCAAGGGGAUGGUGAAGUUGGAGAGAGGCUCCCUUAACCCGCCUCCAGGAUGAACCCCCUGCAAGAAGACAUGGAGAACGCCCUCACCGGGAGCCAGAGCUCUCACGCUUCCUUGCGCGACGUUCAUUCCAUCAACCCUGCACACCUCAUGGCCAGGAUUGAGUCCUAUGAAGGAAGGGAGAAGAAAGGCAUAUCUGAUGUCCGGAGGACUUUCUGUUUGUUUGUCACCUUUGACCUCUUAUUUGUAACGUUACUGUGGAUAAUAGAGUUAAAUGUGAAUGGAGGCAUUGAGAACACCUUAGAGAAGGAGGUAGUGCGCUAUGACUACUACUCCUCUUACUUCGAUAUAUUUCUCUUGGCAGUUUUUCGAUUUAAAGUGUUAAUCCUUGCGUAUGCCGUAUGCAGACUGCGCCAUUGGUGGGCAAUAGCGCUGACGACAGCAGUGACCAGUGCCUUUUUACUUGCAAAAGUGAUCCUCUCAAAGCUUUUCUCUCAAGGGGCUUUCGGCUACGUGCUACCCAUCAUUUCGUUCCUCCUUGCCUGGAUUGAGACGUGGUUCCUGGAUUUCAAAGUGUUACCUCAAGAGGCGGAAGAGGAAAACAGACUCCUGAUAGUUCAGGAUGCUUCAGAGAGGGCGGCACUCAUACCUGGAGGUCUUUCUGAUGGUCAGUUUUAUUCUCCUCCUGAAUCUGAAGCAGGAUCUGAAGAAGAAGCUGAAGAAAAGCAGGACGGUGAAAAACCACUUUUGGAACUAUGAGUACUACUUUGUGACAUGUGAGAAAUCCGUCACUGAAAGUCACUGGAGGAGGACAAGGACCAGAGCCGGGGUCUUUCCUGUUGCAGGUUGAAGUGCUGACA